AAACGGCAGACGACAGCCAUCAGAGCCAGAUACAGAUAGCCAGCCAGCCAGCCAGUCGGACAGUCAUUGAUUGAUUGAUUGCUGGACCCCAGCGCAAGCCCAAAACCCAAACCCAAACCAAACUCAAACUCGAAACUGAAAUUGAAAAUCGAAUCGCUGUGCAGCCAGCAGUAUCCGUAUCUGUAUCUGUAUCUGUAUCUAACAGCGGACGGACCACAACCAACCCAUCCCAUCCCAUCACAUCCCAUCCUAUCGCAGCAUCCAACGUCCAGUCGCAGUCGUCAAGCCAUCAAUCAGUCAUUUAGUCAGUUUGUCAAUCGACCACUCGGACGCUGGACGCUGGCUGGAGGAUAUCUUUGCGCGGCGCUUUAGUUUCAGUUCGCAUUUGGACGCGUGCUGGUGCGGCAUCGCCGAGACAGAGAGUCGAGUCGAAUCGAAUCAAAUCGUAUUGGAUUGAAUCAGAAUCACAACCCAGAAGCAGAAGCAGAAGCACACACGGAAUCAGAAUCAGAAUCGUCCGCGAUUAAACAUUUAUAUACGUAACAACAAAAACAGACACACACAAACACACGUGUCUGAAGUUCAGUGACAAGCCCCAACUCGGGAAUAUAUAUUUUAUAGAAUAUAUUGAAUCAUUUCGGUUGACUUUUAAUCAACUCAACGGCAGCCACGGCAUAUUCAAUUCGUCUAACCCCCAAAGUUCACACGCAGCAAAAAACUAUUGUGCAAAGUGCGUUUAAAGCAGCUAAAGUGCGGAAGUGAAGAUCCUAAAAUACCUGCGGCAAUUAAUCGGAAGUCAACAAAUAUUUAACAAUAUGAAGCUGUUUGCAGUAUUUUUGGCAUUGGCGCUGUAUGCCCUGACAGUGGUCCAGGGCCUCAGCCUUCCCGAUCCCAAUGUGAAGUGUGCCAUGGAUUGUGAUACGCAGGAGUAUGCAGCCAUUUGUGCAGCGGAUGACAAGGGUACCACCAGGACCUAUCGCAAUCUGUGUGUAAUGAAGACGGAGAAUUGCCUGCAGAAUGCAAGCUUCCAAAAGAUCAGCGACAAGGAGUGUCCGUAGAGCGAUCUAUAGUCCAGCAGGAAGAACUUAAUCAUGAGGAUGCUGGAGGGGUCUUCUUUCUGGCGUGGUAUUUGUGUGUGAUAUUUUUAAGUUGUACUUCAGCGGAAUACAGAACACGCCCCCGAAUGUAAUGCAGAACUAUACCGUAUUCUAUAAUUAUUACGUAUAAUUUUAAAUAUUAAAUAAAGUAAUCUAAAUACGCACCUUAA